CGGACGCAUGCACAGUACGGGUUUGUUACUUUCGCCUCACAACAGCAGUCGAAGAAGUGGAAAACGGGAAGCUAACGUCAAUUUAAUGCGAGACGGAGUGGAAAAACAUAACAAUGUUGAAAGAGUUGGUGAGGGAGCGACUCAUUGCUGCAGCCGACGAAAUCUUCGGACUGUUUGAAAGAACGAUAGCGUCGUACGAGGAGCAACUUUGUCGAGCGAGAGAGGAGACCGAGCGACACCGACGACAACUGGAAGAUGUUUACAAGAGUCACAUGGUGCUACACCGCGAAGAUGUCCUGCAGCGGAAUUCUUGUGCGGAAGUACUUCCCCCUCACCCCCAGGGGGCGAGUUCCAAUUUGGAGCAUUCUCAUCUGCCCCACAUAAAAAAAGAAGAGGAGGAGGCAGAUGUCAGCAAGUUGCCACUGAUUAGUGUCUGUGUAAAAAGCGAUAAGGACGAAGACAAACCACCUGAGUGCUCACAGCUUCAGCAUCUCAUUCCAGGUGGAGACCACUGCGGAGGACCCCCACCUCCCCACUUCUUAUCUCCACUCUCAUACAGCGACAACACCGAAGAUUUCUCUGUUGGUCUGGAGCCAGAGGAGGCCUCGCUGCUGGCUCCAGAGCAAGUGUAGUUUGCCACGGGUAGGUGAAAUGCUUUUCCUCAAUAUCUCAUGAAAUUGGAUAAGCUCCGUCAACCUUCACCCUCACUGUUGACAGUUCAUAAAGAUGCACAGCAAAUAUACAAGUGUUAAACGUCGGGGAACGGUGUUAAAUGCAGAGUGAUGGUGUUGUAUUAACAACACUCUGUAAUAAAAUAACAUGUUUAGUAGGGAUGUUCAAUGCCACUUUUUUUUUUUUCCGGACAGAUACCAGUACGAGUAUUCACUCCAGAUACCGAGUACCAAUACCACUGGUCCUUCUGAUACAUACAAUUUCAAUUAACAAAAUACAUUUCUGACUGUUUUGCCGGUCUCCCCAGCGGUGAAGUUACUCAGUUAGUUAAACGGAGUUCGAUAAAUCCAGUUGAAGCCGGAACUUGUUUUUGGACGUUACUGAACCAGUGUGAAACUGUAACACAAACUGUUACACAAUAUUGGUACAUAAAUACAAAAAAGUAGUCAACAGGUAAGUAUAGCACCCUGUGUAAUACACACAGGUAAGUAAACAAGCUAUUUUGCCUGUACUGCAUUCAACAGGAAAAAUAUGCACUGAAUAAUCUUAUUCUCACUUGAUGAAAGCAGGUAAAGGUGUGAAGCAAAUAUGUGCAUGAAAUACUGCAAUGUAGAAAGUCGUCACACCACCCAAAUUGAGUUGGCAAAUAACCGUAUACAUUUCCGUAGCAACACGCUAAUAAUGUUAAUAUAAACCUUAUAGACAUAUACUGCAUAUAUUAACGGAAAUGUUGUCUUAAUGGGAAUAUGAGAGGAUGGCGAAGGAUGCAAAACGCCAUGCAUGUCAGUAUUGGUGGCUGGUAUUGGCAGUCUUCGCGACUACCCGAUACAUUGAAAUCAGGCCGGUGUCGGGCAGAUACCAAUACCUGUUGUCAGUACUCGCCCAUCUUUAAUAUCUAGUGUAGAUAUCACACUGUUAUGUUUUGAAAUAAUGGUGUUUCCUGAAUUCAACUCUGAUUGGUGUCAAUUUCAAGUUGAAGCCACGCCCUUAAGUAAGCGUUGACAUUCUCCGGUUAUCGUCCAGACGGUUUUCUCCAGCGUCAUUUUUCUUCUCGCUUGCAAGGUGGAAUCCAACUUCUCUCAGGUAGGCAAAAUUCUCACAUGUUGGUAUUUGAUGCAAAAAUAUUUGUGCCUCAUAACAUUUGUUUUCUGUUUCAUAUUUUUAGAAACAGAGAUUAACUUGGCAAUAGUUCCGAUUCCAUCUCCUGUUCACAUAUAGCUAGUGUCUCGCCUCAGUAAAUGUAUCCUCCCAAAAUAUUUGUGACAGCUGGCGAUCAUGGCAUAACUAUUAUCUGGCUUUGAAGCGAGCAGUUACUUGGCUAUGUUGUUUGGAAUUUGAAGAUUGACGAUUGACUGUUUUUCAGUGCUCAGUUAGCGAUAGCGAAAGCUAAGCUGUCUGUCAUGUUACAUUGUGGUUGUGGUUAAAGUAAAUACUGCAGUACUUGACGGUACUUUAGAAUAUAGAAAUAAGUAAAAAAAAAAAACCCUAUUAUGAAGAAAUAACGGUGUGAUUUCCAGCAAAACGCUAUGCAACAUCCACGCUUAGGCGUUUAGCAUGCGAUGGUUUCUUAAUUGUUUCUCUUUUCGUAAUUUGCUUCCUAAUAUCACCCGCUAGCCGUUUCCCUCUUAAGUGCCAUUAAAGCUGCAGUUCUGCAAUUGCAAUGCGCGACGCCCAGGAAUAAUGGAUUGUUUACACAGUGUGCGGGAAAAAAAGCCAGACAGCAAAUGGAAAAUAGUUAGCUUCCUUCUCCAUUCACAGUAGUGGGAGAAUACACGUACACAAAAACGCAAGCGCUUUCACUGCCGGAAAACAAAGCCAA